AUGUCAAGAAAAGUUGCCAUCAUUCCGCCCACCUUCUACGGAGAGCCUCGUCGUCGUCAAGCUCAACGCGUCGAAGAUGUAGCCAUCGAUAUCGAGGGAGCUCAGCGUCAACCGGUGGGAGGCGAGGAGGAAUUGUUUGUCGGAUACGGGGUGAUCGGCUGCACCGCCAUCUUCCUCGUUCUCCUCCUCGUCGUCGCCAUCGUCUUCUAUGUUCGUUUUACUUGA